AUGGCUUUCUCUUUCAGUGUGCAUCCCGGGAUACUCCAUCCGUUAAAAAUGUCCCACGCUCCUGUUCUGUUGUUUCUUCUCUGUGCAUUGACUGUUAGCUCACAUGAAGAUCAUAAUGAGCCCCCUCACUUCAAAUACUCCCGGGAAGCUAAUACACCACUCCCAAAACCAGCUGGCGCACGCAUACUCAAACACAGUCUUCGGAGCGAGUCGGCACAACAGCUAUGGCUAGAAACUUCCAGUGCUGUUCUUCUGAUAAGUGUGGCCCCUUUCUUGUCCCUAGUCAUCCUACCGGAUCUGAACAAAUACCACGGGCUACUGAAAGUCCUCCUCGCCUUUGCCGCUGGUGGUCUACUGGGGGAUGCCUUCCUACAUCUGAUUCCGCAUGCUAUUGACAAUGGCCAUACUCAUGACGAUCACGACCACACGCAUGACGCCACCGGCAAAAGUCACGAUCACACGCGUCACAUGAUGGUUGGGUUGUCUGUGGUGGCUGGGAUCUUCGUUUUCCUCUGUAUUGAAAAGUCCAUCCGGCUCAUCCAGCAUGGCCACGCUGGGCACAGCCAUUCAGUCUCCGUACCAGAACAACAGUCCCAUAUAAGCGCCGAAACUAAUAAUGGGAAAUCUAAGAAGAACAAAAAGGCUGGUGGAGACGAAGCACUACAGAAGCGUGAGAAGAAAAACAAGACCCAUGGACCAGCAUCCGAGUUCAAGGUGACCGGGUAUUUGAAUCUGGCCGCAGAUUUCACCCACAACUUCACGGACGGAUUGGCAGUUGGCGCCUCAUUUCUUAUCAGCCGGAAUGUUGGAAUGGUCACCACACUGACUGUGUUAUUGCACGAACUACCCCAUGAGAUUGGUGAUUAUGCUAUUCUGAUACGUUCUGGAUGUUCAGCUCGCAAAGCCAUGUUUUUACAACUGUUCACAGCUAUUGGAGCAGCCUUGGGAUCAUUCUUGAGCCUUGCAGCUGCCGGCGUUGGCAUGGAUCAGGUGGGCGUAAAGUUUGAUGUACCGCUUCUUACGGAAGACUUGAUCACCACUUACUUACUACCAUUCACUGCUGGAGGAUUCAUCUAUAUCGCCAUGACCUCGGUACUUCCAGACCUGCUGAGCCCCGAUGAGAUUGCGUCAAAACGAUCAAGCGGGUUUCUUGCUCGGAUGACCCAGAGCAUAAUUGAAGUGUUUGCCGUGGUCGGUGGCAUAGCUAUGAUGGCAGGUCUCGGUGCAAUGGAACAAUGAGUCAACAAUUCAUGUUCCUUCUCUCCCAUUUUUGCAUGUGAACUAAAUUCUUGAGUUGUUUUCUUUGUAACACUGCUCCUGGUCCUUUUUUUCAAAUCCGUUGUUUACCACGGUAGACGUACUGUGAAUCGCUGCUAUUCAAAUCGUAGGUUUUGUGUGCAUUUUUUUUCUGUCAUGAUAUUUUUGUAGUGUUCAUACUACAUCUUGAAUCGCGCCUGUUCUCUCUGUAAUCUGCACAUUAGACAUCUGUCUCGUCGAGUUGUUCUUGUACGGGUUGUACGGGCCUUGUUAUCAAAUUAGGUUAUUUUUUCGUGAAAUAAACUACUUACAAGGUUGCUGAAAACGAUUCGACAGCCCACGACCGGUUUCGCCCUUCUUGGGGAUUAUCAGGUAGGCGCAGUCCCCGGGUUCCAUUAACCUUAUGUUCUACUUGAACCCAAAUUGAACUAGCGAAUAUACACUCAUUUGCAAACUAAUUUGGUUUUGCGGGAGACUCACCCGAAACCCAGUUGAAUCUCUCGUUUGUGAUGUUCUCAGGCAACUGAAUGUGCUGCCGAAACCGGUCGUG